CUGGUCCUGUGGACAGCUCACUCGGCUGCAAUGGCUGCAGGCUCUUGGACCACCUGGCUCCUAGUCUUCGCCCUGCUCUCCCUGCCCCAGCCUCAGGAGGUCGGGGCCUUCCCGGCCAUGCCUUUGUCCAGCCUGUUUACCAAUGCAGUGCUCCGAGCCCAGCACCUGCACCAGUUGGCGGCUGAUACCUACAAAGAAUUUGAGCGUGCCUACAUCCCCGAGGGACAACGUUACUCCAUCCAGAACACCCAGGCUGCCUUCUGCUUCUCCGAGACCAUCCCAGCCCCCACGGGCAAGGAAGAGGCCCAGCAGAGAUCCGACGCGGAGCUGCUGCGCUUCUCACUGCUCCUCAUCCAGUCGUGGCUGGCUCCUGUGCAGUUUCUCAGCAGGGUCUUCACCAACAGCCUGGUGUUCGGCACCUCGGAUCGUGUCUAUGAGAAACUGAAGGACCUGGAGGAGGGCAUCCAGGCUCUGAUGCAGGAGCUGGAAGAUGGCAGCCCCCGGGCUGGGCAGGUCCUCAAGCAAACCUAUGACAAGUUUGACACCAACUUACGCAGCAGUGACGCGCUGCUCAAGAACUACGGGCUGCUGUCCUGCUUCAGGAAGGACCUGCACAAGACUGAGACCUACCUGCGGGUCAUGAAGUGUCGCCGCUUUGUGGAAAGUAGCUGUGCCUUCUAGUAGCACAGUGUCUCCGUCACCCACCCAGCACCUCCCCUUGCCCUAGAAAGUGCCACCCC